AUGGCAGGGAGCUCAAAGGGACCGAAGAAGAAAAAACCCAGAACCGGAAGCCGUGCUGUUGGUCUUGAAGCAGUUGAUAGAGUGAGCAAUCUCCCUGACUGCAUUCUGCAUCAUGUGCUUUCAUUCCUUGAUACGGGUGCCAUGGUUCGAACCAGCCUUGUGUCUAAGAGGUGGAGAUGCUUGUGGAAAGAUGUUCCAGUUCUCAAUUUCAUGGGAUCCCACUUCAGCGAUAUGUCGAAUUUCAGAGAACAUGUUGGCAAGCUUUUGUCUCUCCGAUCCGACUCUGCAGCUGUGUCCAGCGUUACUUUAGACUGUGGGUCACAUGGGGUGGGGGAAGAGCUGGAUAUCGAUAGCGAGAGUGGUUUUGACCAAUAUUGUGCCAGAUAUACCUCCAGCAUCAUCAUUUUCUUCGAGCUUGCUGCAUCCAUCUCAGCUCAUCAUCAUCAGUCUCUCAAGUCUCUCAAGUUAAGGGAAACUGCUCUCGGAAGGAGGAGUGCACCUUGGCGGAGAUUCAGUUGGCUAACAACUCUUGAACUGUGUUUCUGCCUUCUCAUCACUUCUCCACUGGAGAUGUCUAUGAUCGAUCCUUUUGCGGAUCUCCCUCGAUUGCACCAUCUAAAGCUCAUUCAGUGCACGGUAUUAGGCAAUUUGAAAAUACCGGCACCUCAGCUACUGGAUCUUGAAAUUCAAGAGAUAUGGUGUGUUUCUGGGACAAUUGAAGUUAUUGCUCCUAAGCUGCAAUCUUUCCGUUAUCGGGGUGAUUAUCUGGAGCUCCGCAAGCUAGAAGUUCCUUCUCUGGAUUGCGCGGAUAUUCGAGUUGCGUGGGGAGUCUGGGAGAUGACAACGGACAAUCGUGCAUAUAUGAAAUUGUUACGCAGCCUGCAUAAUGCAACAUCUCUGAACCUACGUUUUGACAAGGGUCCGGGGCUCUGGGAGCAACAUCAGUUUGCCCUACGUUUACUUAUUAAUCCAAUUCUCCCCCAAUGUCCACUAUACUGUAUCUUGCUGACUUGCUCCACAUAUAAUUCACACUUGAUACACUUACAAGUGAAGAACAAAAAUAGUAGAAUCAUGUAUGAGGUUGUAUCCAAUCAGUUAAUGUUAUUGAUAUUUUGUGCUUACUCUGUAGUUCAAUCAUUUCAUAUUGACAAAAAUCUAUACCGAUUUACUUUUUAA